AUGGCUACUGAAUUGAUCAAAGGCUACUCUCAUAAGUUUGUUUCUCCUAGAUGCAUGAUCAAGAUUGACUUGAGAAAGGCCUAUAACUCUGUUGAAUGGCCAUUUCUGCAGACUGUUUUAGAAGAGCUUGGUUUCCCUCAUUCUGUUGUAAAAUGGAUUAUGACUUGUGUCUGCUCUGUUUCUUACUCUGUGAUGGUUAAUGGCUUUCCUGCUAAACCUUUUUCUGCAAAAAAAGGCCUUAGGCAAGGAGAUCCUAUGUCUCCUUUUCUUUUUGCUCUUUGUAUGGAGUACCUCUCUAGGUGCCUUAAGGAAAUGAAUGGGAAUCCUAAUUUUAAUUUUCAUCCUAGAUGUGAGAAGUUAGGUAUUACCCAUAUGAUGUUUGCUGAUGAUCUUCUCCUCUUCUCUAGGGCUGAUUCCACCUCUAUUCAGCUUCUCUUGCAGGCUUUCCAGAAAUUCUCUUGUGCUUCUGGUCUGGUGGCUAAUUUAAGUACGAGUGAGGUUUAUUUUGGAGGUAUCUCUGAUUCUGAUAAAGAUCAGCUGCAAACUGUUCUUGGUAUGAGUAGAAGUAGUUUGCCUUUUAGAUAUCUUGGGGUGCCCUUGUCUUCUAAAAAGCUUAUUAUUGCUCAGUGUAGGCCUUUGGUUGAAAGGGUUACUGCUAGGAUUGAUUGUUGGACUUCUAGACAAUUAUCUUAUGCUGGCAGGUUACAACUUAUCAAAAGUGUUCUUUUUGGUAUUCAGGCUUAUUGGGCUCAGAUUUUCAUUCUUUCUAAGAAGAUUCUUAGGGAAAUUGAAACCAAGUUCAAGGUUUUCCUUUGGACUGGGAAGAACACUUAUGCAAAAAAGGCCCCUUUCUCCUGGCAUCAUAUGACUCUUCCUAAGGUUUGUGGUGGCUGGAAUAUUACCUCUCUUGGUGAUUGGAAUAAAGUUUCUAUGUGCAAGAUUCUGUGGGAUCUUGCUCACAAAUCUGACAAUAUGUGGGUGAAAUGGGUGCAUACCUAUUAUUUCAACAAUAGGAAUAUUUGGACUGCCACUAUUCCCAAGAAAUGCUCAUGGGUUUUGAAGAAAAUCUUGACUUGCAGAGAUAUUAUUGAUGAUAUUGGUGGUUGGUCCUCUAUUAUGAAAAAUGGGAAAAUGAGUAUUGCUAAACUCUAUGCCCGGAUUCAACCUCGGGCUCCUAAAGUAGGGUGGAAAAGAAUUAUUUGCAAUAACCAAGCCACUACUAAGAGUAUUUUCAUUACUUGGUUAGCUUUUCUUGACAAACUUGCCACUAAGGAUAGAAUUGUGAAGUGGAAUGCAAGUUGUGAUCCUAUUUGCUUUUUCUGCCAGAAUACUUGUGAAUCUGUCUCUCACUUGUUCUUCUACUGUCCUUAUUCUAAGACUAUUUGGGAACAGAUUUUGAAGCUUCUUGAUGUGAAAAAAGCAGUUCAACCUUUUCACAUUGAACAGCAAUGGAUAGUUAAGAAUUGUAGGAAGUCGAGCAGCAAGGGUAGAGUAUACUCUAUGUGUUUUGCUGAGGCUAUCUAUAGGAUAUGGCUGCAAAGGAAUAGUCUGAUGUUUACGGGUGACUGUAAACCUUCAGAAACUGUCUUUCAUGACAUUAUUUAUCAUGUUGUUGUUAGGUGUAAAUGA